CGAUCUAUGUAUAAAAGCUACGGGAAGCUCGAAGCUGGCAUCAUUCACCUACCGGGAACAGCUCGACGCGCACAGGUGUUCCUUCCACACCGCUUCCACACACAAUUAGAGAAUCUCAGAGAGAGUCAACGGAUUCAGCUAACAUGAAGGUCUUUAUCUGCCUCUUGGCCACGGUCUGUGCCUGCAAUGCCACCUUCCUGUCGUUACUGGGCGGCGGCGGCGGUAGCGGCGGCGGCGGUGGAGGAAGUAAGACCACAUACAAUGUCAUUGCCACGCCCAGCUCAGGAAGAGGUCAUGGCGGCGGCGGCCACGGCGGCGGCGGAGGCGGUGGACACGGAUAUGCCCAUAGUCACGGCUAUUCGCAUGGAGGCGGCGGCGGUGGUGGCGGAGGCUCAGCCCAGAUCAUCAAGGUCAUUCUGCAAGAGGGCCAAGGCUACAGCAACGGUGGUGGAUCAGCUGGAGGCAUCGUGGCCAGUGGACACAGCUACGGACAUGGCUAUGCAACCGGCCACAGCCACGAUCACGGCCACAGCCACAGCCACGGCUCCUAUGGCGGUCAGCAGGAGCAGGUCUUCAAAGUCAUCGAGCAAACCCCAGCCCCAGCUCCUGCUCCAGUUGCUUACCAUGCAGUAAGCGGCGGCGGCGGCAGUGGCUACUCCUAUGGCCAGGGUCAGUCGUCCCACUCCUAUGGGCAGUCCUAUGCUUCUGGCCACGGCUAUGGCGGAUCCUCCUCCUACGAUGUGCAGCAGUUUAAUGCCAUACUGCCACAGAUUCUCCAGCUGGUGCUGCAAGAGGACGCCUUCGGCGGCGGCGGUUCAGCUGAUGUGGGUGCCAUCAACGGGCAGCUGAUCAAUGCUUACGGCAGCAAGGGCAAUGCCAUCAUCAUGAAGGCCGAUCAGGCCCAGGGCGCCUUUUUCAAGAGCGGUCACGUUGUGCAGCGCGGAACUCUGAAGGUGAUGCGUGUGCAGGACAAUCAGCAGCAAAAGGUGCAGUCUGGCGCUGCUGCUGGUGGCUGGAACAACGGCGGCUCCUCCCAUGGUGGAGGUGGCUGGAGCAACGCUGGCUCCGCUUCCAGCAGCGGUUGGAGCAGUGGUGGCUCCGCUCCCAGCGGUGGCUGGAGCAGCGGUGGUCCCCCUUCUUCUGCCUGGUAGUUGCCCCCUCGCUGCCAGCUUAGU